AUGGUUCUCCUUGGAAGAGGAUUGCUCGCUGCCGGCCGAAUUGCUUUGAGGAGACCAGUGGCACGUCAUCUACAGUAUGAUGCGUUCGUGGAUAGACAUAUCGGACCAAGAAGAUUGGAGCAACAGCAAAUGCUUGAUUUUAUUGGAUACAAAGAUCUCGAUGAUCUCACUGGAACCAACGUGCCAAAUAUGAUAAAGUUCGAAAAAGCCCUUGACCUUCCUCCAGCUCUUGAUGAAUACAAAAUGCUCAAAGAGCUUGAAGCAAUCGCUGCACAGAAUAAAAUCUACAGAUCUUACAUUGGAAUGGGAUACUAUGAUACUAUUGUACCGGCUGUUAUUUCUAGAAACAUUUUACAAAACAUUGGAUGGAUCUCUCAGUAUACUCCUUAUCAAGCUGAGAUUUCUCAAGGACGACUUGAAUCUCUUCUCAAUUUCCAAACAAUGAAUUUCCAGAUUGCUGAAAUGACGGGACUUCCCACCACAAAUGCAUCUCUUCUGGAUGAAGCCACAGCGUCUGCUGAAGCUGUUGCAUUGGCGGCAAGAACCACAAAAAGAAACAAAGUGAUUGUCGAUUCCUACUGUCAUCCUCAAAAUCUGGAUGUCAUCAAAACACGCAGUGAUCCUCUUGGAAUCGAUAUCGAAGUUUGUGAUGCUGUUGAAGGAUUAGAGUUCGAUGACAAGGUGGCUGCUGUGGUAGUUCAGUAUCCAAACACAGAAGGAAGAAUCCAUCAGUUCGAUGAGCUGAUCGAAAGAGCUCAUAAGAACAAAUCCUUGGUUAUCAUGGUCUGUGACCUGCUUUCGUUGACCAUUCUUAGAUCGCCAGGAGAUCUUGGAGCAGAUAUUGCCGUUGGAUCCUCUCAGAGAUUCGGAGUUCCAUUGGGUUACGGUGGCCCUCACGCUGGAUUCAUGGCUGUUGCAAAGAACGAUUCGAAAAAUGCGUUGGGCAGAAAUAUGCCAGGAAGAAUCAUUGGAGUUACAAAAGAUUCAAAUGGAAACCGUGCUCUUCGACUGGCUCUCCAAACUCGUGAACAACAUAUCCGUCGUGACAAAGCCACUAGUAACAUCUGUACCGCCCAAGCUCUUCUGGCCAAUAUGUCUGCAAUGUAUGCAGUGUACCAUGGACCACAAAGACUUACAGAAAUUGCCAGAGGAGUUCACAAGUCAACUGCUUACCUAGCUACACAUCUUAGAAAUGCGGGUCACGAGAUCGUGCACAAGGAAUACUUUGACACUUUGAAGGUUCGUCUGAAGAACGGUGAAGCUCUGGAGGAAUUGAAAAAGAGAGCUGAAGAGAUGAAGAUGAAUUUCCGUUAUUAUGACAAUGGAGAUGUUGGAGUAUCGUUGGAUGAAACUGUAAAAUCAGAAGAUCUUAUGGAUAUUAUCUACACAUUCAAUGGAGCUACUGAGAAGGAUGUGACGAAACUUCGUGAAGAGCGUUGGGAAGUAGCUUGUCCAUUGAUCGGAAACUCUCCACACUCUCGAUCCUCUCUCUUCCUCCAACAUCCAGUUUUUAACACUUAUCACAGUGAACAACAGCUUGUCCGUUAUAUGAAACGACUCGAAAAUAAGGACGUUUCUCUCGUUCACUCUAUGAUUCCCCUUGGAAGUUGCACUAUGAAAUUGAAUGCUUCUGCUGAGCUCAUUUUAAAUUUGCAGCCAAUCACUUGGCCAAGUCUGUCCUCAAUUCACCCAUUUGCACCGGUCGAGCAAGCUAAAGGAUACAGCCAGAUCUUUGGAGAUCUUGAGAAAUGGCUUUGCGAAAUCACUGGAUAUGAUAACUUCAGUUUGCAACCUAAUUCUGGAGCCAACGGAGAGUACGCUGGACUUCUUGCCAUUCGUAACUACCUGAUUCACAAGGGACAAGAACAGAGAAAUAUCUGCCUGAUUCCAACAUCUGCUCAUGGAACCAAUCCAGCGUCUGCUCAAAUGGCUAAUAUGAAAGUGGUUGUUGUGGAUUCUGAUCACCAUGGAAACAUCAACUAUAAAGAUUUGGCAGCUAAGGCUGAGAAGUACUCUAAUCAACUGGCUGCAAUCAUGGUCACCUAUCCUUCUACCCACGGAGUCUUCGAAUCAUCAAUUCGCGAUGUUUGUGACAAGGUUCAUGAGCACGGAGGUCAAGUUUAUUUGGAUGGAGCCAAUAUGAAUGCUCAAGUCGGAUUGUGUCGCCCAGGAGAUUACGGUAGUGAUGUGUCACAUUUGAACUUGCACAAGACAUUCUGUAUUCCACACGGAGGAGGUGGUCCAGGAGUUGGACCAAUUGGAGUUAAGAAACAUCUCGCACCAUUCCUUCCUGGCCACUCUGUCAUCCCAGUCCAAGGUCGUCAGGCUGGAUCAGUUGCCGCUGCUCCAUAUGGAUCUGCCAGCAUUCUAGCCAUCACGUGGGCAUAUAUCCGAAUGAUGGGAGCCUCUGGCCUUCGCGAGGCUUCGCAAGUUGCAAUUCUAAAUGCUAACUACAUGGCGAAACGACUUGAAAACGAAUACCGUAUUGUAUACAAAGACGAACAAGGUCUUGUAGCUCACGAAUUCAUUAUGGAUUGUAAACCAUUCAAAAAACACGGAAUCGAAGUUGUGGAUAUUGCGAAGAGAUUGAUGGAUUACGGUUUUCAUUCACCAACUAUGUCUUGGCCAGUUCACGAUUGUUUGAUGAUUGAGCCAACUGAAUCAGAAGACAAAGGAGAAAUGGAUAGACUAGUCGACGCUCUCCUUGCUAUUCGUGAAGAAAUCCGACAAGUCGAAAACGGAACUCUAGACAAACAUUUGAAUCCGCUGAAAAUGGCUCCACACACACUUGAGAAAGUGACAUCUGACACGUGGAACAUGCCAUACUCUCGUGAAUUGGCUGCUUUCCCGAAACCAUGGUGCAGUCAUAAGGCAUGGCCAACCGUUGGAAGAGUCGAUGAUCAAUAUGGAGAUCGUAACUUAGUCUGCACGUGCCCACCAAUCGAGUCAUAUCAGUAG